AUGAGCGCUGAAACAGAAACCUUUUCUUUCCAAGCUGAGAUCUCUCAGUUGAUGAGUUUGAUCAUCAACACUUUCUAUUCCAACAAGGAAAUUUUCUUGCGUGAAUUGAUCUCGAAUGCCUCUGAUGCUUUGGAUAAAGUGCGCUAUCAAUCCUUGACUGAUCCCUCUGUGCUCGAUUCUGAAAAGAACCUCUACAUUCGCAUCACUCCUGACAAGGAAAACAACAUUCUCUCCAUCCGUGAUACUGGUAUCGGUAUGACCAAGGCUGAUUUGGUCAACAACUUGGGUACCAUUGCAAAGUCUGGUACAAAGGCUUUUAUGGAAGCUCUCUCUUCUGGUGCUGAUAUCUCCAUGAUUGGUCAAUUUGGUGUUGGUUUCUACUCUGCUUACCUUGUUGCUGACAAGGUCCAGGUCAUCACCAAGCACAAUGAUGACGAACAAUACAUUUGGGAAUCUGCUGCUGGUGGCUCUUUCACUAUUACUCGUGAUGAGGUCAACCCCUCUCUUGGUCGCGGUACUGAAAUGCGUCUCUUCAUGAAGGAGGAUCAACUCGAAUACCUUGAUGAGAAGAAGAUCAAGGACAUUGUCAAGAAGCACUCUGAAUUCAUCUCUUAUCCCAUCCAAUUGGUCGUUGAAAAGGAAGUCGAAAAGGAAGUCUCUGAUGACGAGUCUGCUGAACCUGCCUCUGAAGGUGCCAAGAUUGAAGAGGUCACUGACGAGGAUGACAAGAAGGACGACAAGAAGAAGAAGACUAUCAAGGAAACGGUCACUGAAAACGAAGAGUUGAACAAGACCAAACCUCUCUGGACUCGCAACCCUGAAGACGUCAAGCCUGAAGAGUACUCUGAAUUCUACAAGGCCCUCACCAACGACUGGGAAGACCAAUUGGCUGUCAAGCAUUUCUCUGUAGAAGGUCAACUCGAAUUCCGUGCUAUUCUCUUUGUCCCCAAGCGUGCUCCAUUUGACAUGUUUGAAACCAAGAAGAAGAGAAACAACAUCAAGCUUUAUGUCCGUCGUGUCUUUAUCAUGGAUGACUGUGAUGAAUUGAUCCCUGAAUGGCUUGGCUUCAUCAAGGGUGUGGUUGAUUCUGAGGAUCUCCCUCUCAACAUUUCGCGUGAAAUGCUGCAACAGAACAAGAUCUUGAAGGUGAUCCGCAAGAACUUGGUCAAGAAGUGUCUCGAAAUGUUCCAAGAAAUUGCUGAAGACAAGGAGCAAUUUGAUAAGUUCUAUGAAGCCUUUGGUAAGAACAUCAAGCUCGGUAUCCACGAAGACACUCAAAACCGUGCCAAGCUCGCUGACUUGUUGCGCUACUACUCCACCAAGUCUGGCGAUGAGAUGACCUCCUUCAAGGAUUACAUUACUCGUAUGCCCGAGAAGCAAAAGAACAUCUACUAUAUUACUGGUGAAUCUCGCACUGCUGUUGAAAAUUCUCCUUUCCUCGAGGGUUUUAAGAAGAAGGGUAUUGAGGUUCUCUUGAUGACUGAUCCCAUUGAUGAGUACGCUACAACUCAAUUGAAGGAGUACGAGGAUCACAAACUGGUCUGUAUUACUAAGGAGGGUGCUGAAAUUGAAGAGGAUGAAGAGGAGAAGAAGGCUCGUGAGGCCGAACAAAAGGAGUAUGAAGGCCUUUGCAAGACUGUCAAGGAUAUUCUCGGCGACAAGGUUGAAAAGGUCGUUCUCUCCAACAUCUUGACUGAUUCUCCCUGUGUAUUGACUACUGGUCAAUUUGGUUGGUCUGCUAAUAUGGAACGUAUCAUGAAGGCUCAAGCUCUGCGUGAUUCUUCCAUGUCUAGUUACAUGGCUUCAAAGAAGACUUUGGAAUUGAACCCUAGCCACCCUAUCAUUAAGGCUCUUCGUGCCAAGGCUUCUGCCGAUGCUGGUGAUCGCACUGUCAAGGAUCUUGUUACCUUGUUGUACGAGACUUCCUUGUUGACUUCUGGAUUCUCUUUGGAUGACCCUAGUUCAUUUGCUAGCCGUAUUAACCGCAUGGUCUCUCUUGGUCUCUCUAUUGACGAAGAUGAACUCCCAACUGCUGAACCUGUCACUGAAACUGCCACUGAUGACAACGCUGAAGUCUCCAAGAUGGAAGAAGUAGACUAA